CGCACGAUCCUCCUCUCUUCUAUCAAAUCCUCCAGCCUGAAACCCCCCUAAUCCCCUCCCGCGCGCGAAAGCAAAACCCUAGCAAUCUUGAUCCGUCCCUUUCCGCGAGACCCUUCCGCCGCCAUGGCCGCUGCCGACGCCGUGGCACCCGACGACGGCGAUCACGCCGUCCUCCGCGACGACGAGCGCGGGAUCCCUCGAUCCCUAUCCCUCCUCGCCGCGCUCGUGGAGGCCGAAGCCCUCCGCCACGCCGCCGCCGCCGCCGCCGACGCCGACGCCGACUCCGACCGCAUCCGCGCCUUCCGCGGCGGCGCGACGCCCACCGUCCGGAUCGGUGAGUUCCUGGAGCGCAUCCACACCUUCAUCCAGCGGGAGAGCGUCCGCCACGUGAUCGAGCUCCAGGGCGCGUGCUACGUGCUCGCCGGGAUCUACCUGUUCCGGUUCAUACGCAGCGGCGCCGCGCGGGAGGCGGGGAUCCUCGUCGAUCCUUCCAUCGCGCACCGCCUCGUCGCCGUCGCGAUCUUCGUGGGCGCCAAGUUCGGUGGGCCCAUCGACAGGCUCCCGACGAGGUGAACCGUGGUGUUCGAGACCAGCUCGGACGCCGCGAUCUGUGCCAGGGAGAUGGCCGGCCUCGAACGGCGCUUCCUCAUUGUCGUCGAUUACCGCCUGUUCGUCAGUGCUGACGAGUUCGACUGGUUCUGCCGUGUCCUGGAGCGAGGGCCGCGUCCAAGCGGGAGAUGCGGCGGCGGCGGUGGUGGUAGGAAGAGGACGGCGGCAGAAGCUGUGGAGGGAGAAGCGGAGGACGACCGCCGCCGCGUCUGGGCCUCCUUGCCGCCGCCAUCAGUUGUCGCCAACUAGGUCCACGAUUUCUGCAUCCACUGGUUCAAUUAUUUACAUAAUGUAUUUUCUUUUGCUGCUUGUUGUCUACGAGUUGUUUGCAGGUGGCAAGGGUGGAGAAGAUGCAGUUGGCGUUGGAAGAGUUCGAUCAGACGAGGCAAGGGUGGAGAAGAUGCAGCCGGCGUUGGAAGAGUUCGAUCAGCGGCCAUGAGUAGAGUGAAAAAAACACCAGUUUUACUCAUAGGAUGUUUAGCAACUGUUAGCUCUGUCAAAUUAUCAAUCCCUGUCUUGAAUUUCCAUCUUAUUGGAAGUAGAUAAAGAAAUGUUAAUGAUGUCCUUUUUUCUAUCUUUCUGUUGUAUGAAAUCUAUAUCAAUCUGGAAAAUAAUAAAGAAGUCUUUUCCAACCUUUGUGGUGUA